UCAUAGUGGCGACGAGACAAUCUGGACCCACCUCCGUUACGGGUGUGAUUAUAACUACGCAUAGUUGUGCGCGAGUGAACUGAUAACGCGAGUUAUUUUUUUGUAAUGACUGAGACGACGGCAUCGGGUCGAACAAUGGCGGUCGGUAAAAUACCGGAAUUUAAAAUGGGAACGGAUAAUUGGAGGCUGUAUGUAGAUCGCUUAGAACAAUACUUUUUAGUGAAUAAAAUUGAUCAAACAAUGUAUGUGCCAACGUUAAUUACGGUGAUGGGAGCUGAGUGUUACGAACUUUUAGUGAAUUUAUGCACGCCCAUCAAACCAUCUACCAAAACGUUUGCAGAAGUGACGUCUAUACUCGAAAAACAUUUACAGCCUAAGCCAAGUAUUUUAGCUGAACGUUUUAAAUUCAGGCAUAGGAAGCAGAGUGCGAACGAGUCUAUUUCGGAGUAUGUGGCCGUGUUAAAGCAAAUGUCAAAAGACUGUGAAUUUACAACUUGGUUAGAGGACAGUUUGCGUGACCAGCUGGUUUGUGGACUACAGAGUGAGACUAUACGCCAACGGUUAUUUACGGAGGAGUCUUUGGACUUUGCAAAAGCGUAUAAAUUGGCGGUUAGUAUGGAGGCGGCGGAAAAAGACUCGGCUCUCGUGGAGGGUCGCGCGGGACCGUCGAGUGGAGCAGGCACAGUGGAGUGCAAAGCGAUGACACCGCGCUGGGCGGGAGGCCAGGCGGGACAGCGAGCGGGCCGGGCGGCAACUCGCGCGGGCCGUGAAGGCCGCGCUGGCAGCAGCGGCGGCGGCGGCCGAGGCAGGGGCCCGGCGCGCGGCGCCCAGCAGUGCAGCGCGUGCGGCGGGGCACACGACAAGGCGGGAUGCCAAUUUGCUCGUUAUAUAUGCAGGGUAUGCAAUAGACAGGGGCAUUUAAAGCGUAUGUGUCCCAAUAUGACGGAGCAUCACGAUGUUCAUGCCAUUGCCGACACCGUCUUGUAUGAGGAAAAUGCGUGCAGUGAAGACAGUGACGAGGUAAUUAUUGUGGCUUUAAAUCAAUUAUCCGCUUUAGCAUAUAAACCGAUUAUGUUAAAAUUAAACGUACAAGGUACAGAUAUGGAUAUGGAGUGUGACACGGGCAGUGCCGUUUCAUGUAUAAGUGAAAAAAUGUAUUUGGCUGUAUUUAGCAAGUUAGAUUUAAUUAAAUGUAAUUUAUAUUUGCGUUACUAUACGGGCGAGUGGGUUAAGCCGGUAGGGCUGAUAAGACCGUUAGUGCGUUUUAGGGGUAUAGAAAAGCACUUGGAUUUGUUUGUAAUACGAAACGGCAAAAGUAAGUUGCUCGGUCGACAAUGGUUAUAUGAAUUAAAUAUAAUUAGAGACUUAAUUCCCGUGACGGAAUACUGUGAGGUAAAUAAUGUAAUUAACAAUCAGUUUAAUUAUAGUGCUUUCAGUUCCAGAUUCUCUGAAGUGUUUGCGGACGGCCUGGGGCGGUUCACCGGCGGCAAGGUCAGCAUCCACCUGCGUGCGGAUGCCCGGCCUGUGUUCCUGCGCGCGCGCCCCCUGGCGUACGCGCUGCGCGAGCCGGUGGAGCGCGCGCUGGAGCAGCUGGUGCGCGACGGCGUGCUCACCCCCGUCGACCGCUCCGACUGGGCCACGCCUAUCGUGCCGGUCGUUAAAAAAGACGGUAACAUACGUAUCUGCGCUGAUUUUAAAAUGACUUUGAACCGGGUUUUAGAGGUUGACCGUUAUCCGCUACCUAGGGUGGAGGAUUUAUUGGCACGUUUACAUAGGGGGGAGCGUUUCAGCAAGAUUGAUCUUUCGCAGGCCUACGCACAGUUUGAGCUCGAUGAAUCUAGAAAAUAUACGGUAAUAAAUACUCACAAGGGGUUAUUUAUGUACAACCGCUUAGUGUACGGCCUGUCAUCUAGCCCCGGCGUAUUCCAAAGACAUCUAGAACAAUUAUUUGCUGACCUGCCGCACGUGGGCGUAUUUCUGGAUGACGUCAUUAUUACGGGUAGUAAUACGGAAGCCCACGUCGACAACUUAUAUAAAGUAUUUGAGCGAUUGCAGGCACAUGGUUUGCGGGUCAGAAAAGAUAAGUGCGCGUUCUUUGAAGAAUCGAUCAAUUAUUUGGGGCAUGUCAUUAGCAAGGAGGGUGUCCACACGUGUCCGGAUAAGAUUAGGGCCAUCGUGAAUACCCCGGCACCCAGCAACGUGUCGGAGGUUCGAGCGUUCGUGGGUAUGAUAAUGUAUUACGCGAAGUUUAUAAAAAACGUUAGUACGUUGCUUACACCAUUGUAUAAUUUGUUAAAGGCCGGAACCAAAUUUGUUUGGAGCGCGAGUUGUCAGGAGGCGUUCGUCAAGGUCAAACAAGUGUUGACUUCGAGUGAAGUUUUGGUGCACUAUUCGGGUUCUCUGCCGUUAGUUCUGACAUCAGACGCAUCCGGGGUGGGGAUAGGUUGUGUUAUAUCACACCUCACGCCAGAGGGCGAGCGACCGGUGGCUUACGCGUCGCGUACUCUUACCUCGGCCGAGCGUGCGUACGCGCAGAUUGAUAGGGAAGCGCUAGCCUUAGUGUACGGUAUACGGAAAUUUCACCAAUAUUUAUACGGUCGUAAAUUUAUAUUGAGGACAGAUCACAAGCCGCUCACAUACAUCUUUGGUGAUAAAGUAGGCAUUCCGGUGAUGGCGGCGUCCCGUUUGCAGCGCUGGGCGAUUUUGUUGUCAGGAUAUAAUUACGAUAUUGAAUACGUGCCUUCAAGUAAAAACUGUGCUGAUGCGUUAUCGAGGCUGCCGCAAGGAGGUCAAGAUCAGAAACAAAAUCAUGAGGUGACUUACCUUAAUUUUGUGGAAGAUUUUUUACCUGUAACUAACGAGCAAGUUAAGUCGGCUACGUCACGUGACGUAACUUUAAGUAGGGUGUUGGCUUAUGUGCAGUCGGGCUGGCCGACAUCGUGUCAAGAGGAAGAGAUCAAACCUUUCCUAUUAAGGCGCAACGAGAUGUAUGUAGACCGAGGCUGCUUAAUGUGGGGUUACCGGGUGGUGGUACCAGCAAUUUUGAGGGAAGCAGUUCUCAAGCAGCUUCACAUUAGUCAUAUGGGCAUAGUAAAGACUAAGGCCUUAGCCCGUAGUUACGUGUGGUGGCCCAAUAUUGACGCCGAUGUGGAAGCACAGUGUAGGCAGUGUGAGACAUGUGCCGCGGAGGCGCCGGCGCCGGCGCAUGCACCUCCAAGCCCUUGGCCAUACUCAACCCACGUCUGGAGUAGGCUACACAUAGACUUUUUGGGUCCAUUUCAGGGAAAAACGUUCUUAGUACUAAUAGAUUCGAGUUCAAAGUGGCUGGAAAUAUUCGAAAUGUCUAGGACGAACGCAGGGGCAGUAAUUAAAGAAUUAAGAGCAACUUUCGCGCGUUUUGGGUUGCCAAGAGAAUUAGUAUCGGACCAAGGUCCGCCGUUCACAAGUAAUGAAUUCAAACAUUUCCUUGCAGCUAAUGGCAUAAAACAGUCUUUCUCUCCAAUAUACCAUCCAGCAUCGAACGGGGCCGCGGAAAAUGCUGUCAAAUUAUGUAAACGUGCGAUUAGCAAGGCUAUUAGAGAGCGUACCGAUGUCGACGCGGCACUGCAGACUUAUCUCAUGGCUUACAGGAAUAGCAUACAUAGCACAACAGGGGAGAGUCCGGCCAUGCUUUUACAGCGGAGGUCGUUACGUUCACGGUUAGAUUUGCUUCGCAGCGAGAGUGCGUUGGAGAAACGGGUUAGUGCGGCUCAGCAGCGGCAGGUCGAAAACGCAGGCGGUACGCAACGUCACUUCCGUCCUGGGGACGCGGUUUGGGCUCGCGAUUAUACCGGUAACGAUAAAUGGGUUAGAGGUACUGUGCUGGGGGCCGAAGGUUCGCGGAGAUACACCUUAGAUAGCGGAAGCGGUAGAUCGGUUCUUAGGCAUGUUGAUCAAAUCAGACGGAGAUCUAGAUUAUCGACUGUACCUUGCCCCGAAGAGCUCAACGAGACUACCGAGCGGUCGCCAGGGGCUGGGGACGACGUCGCACGCUCCAGCCAGCAGACGGAAGUGGGCGAGGCAAACUCGCAGCUUUCCCAAAAGGAAGAAGUAACAAGUAAUGAAACUAGUGAGACAAAUGUGGCUUGUGUGCCUCCCCCACGCCCGUCUCCUCCGCCACAGCGGCGAUCCCCGCUGAACCUCAGGCCUUUACCGAACCGAAUCCGUAAGCUAGAGAUAGAUUAA